AUAAGUCGGAUGCAGCAUCUCCUAGGCAACCGAACCUCGGACACAGACAGCAGGUCACCUCCCAUUUUGCGCCGUUGCCUGGCAACCGCGAAGAGGCUGCCAGUGAGUUUGGACCAAAAAAAAAUCCUCAGUCCAGUAACAAAAAAGGAAAAAGAAAAUGAGGGGGUGGUCUUGGGGGUGGAUGGAACCGUCACUGGCCAACGAGGAAAAAGGGCUCCGGCGAUUCCAAAGUAUUACCCCGCAUCCACAAAGCAGAAACAGACAUUUUUCACUUAUCUAUAGAGAUACUUUAUUUAUGCACACUCCAGUGUGAGUCUAUUUAAAAGCCAAGACGACGCCUUCUGGAUGCAAUGCUUUUAAUAUUCCUGGGUACGGAAAAACAGUAUCGUUAUCCGUUGCAGAGCGGAAUUUCAUAUUCAAAAACUUUUUCCUGAUACUUCGUUCAUCCGCGAAGCUGUUCUCAGAUUGAAGGACAAGGUCUGGUCAUCCAGCAGGCCCUGCACCGGCAGCCCAGCACAGCUGCGCAGUACCUGCAGCAGAUGUACGCAGCCCAGCAACAGCACCUCAUGCUGCAGACCGCAGCCCUCCAGCAGCAGCAGCUGAGCAGUGCGCAGUUGCAGAGCCUGGCGGCCGUGCAGCAGGCCACCAUAGCAGCGGGGAGACAGGGGUCCAACCAGAAUGGCACCACAUCCCAGCAUGCGGGGUCCACUCAGACCACCAUUAACCUGACCACCUCUCCGGCGGCUGCCCACCUGAUAAGCCGUGCCCAAAGCGUCAGCUCCGCCCCCUCCGCAAUCUCCCAGCAGGCUGUGCUGCUGGGCAAUGCAUCCAGCCCUGCCCUCACCGCCAGUCAGGCACAGAUGUACCUGCGUGCCCAGAUGGCACAGCAAAGUAACCUUGUGCAAGUAGCUAGGAGCCUAGGCCGUGCUGUUCCUUUGUCCCCCCAGCUCAUCUUCACGCCGACCGCCACCGUGACCGCGGUCCAGCCAGAUGCCGCCACACACUCCACCGGGCAGCAGUCUGCAACCGCGCAGGUGCAGAACUUGGCUAUCCGCAGCCAGCAGGGGGCAGCAUCGUCCUCCCCCUCCCAGGCGCAAUUGCAAGGCCUGAGUCUCAAGCAAAGCCCCCUUUCCGUCCAGCCCACAAGCCAAGCCAAGGGCCCCGCCCAGGGAACCCAGGGCUCUGGGGCAAAAGGUGGUGCCACCGAGGGCUCCGUGGAGACGGGGAAAAAGGGGGAGGGGCUGGAGACACACCUGGUGAACAUGAGCCGCAACGGUCCCUCUGUGAGCGGCCAUCCCCUCAUCGCUCCAGCAUAUGCACAGAUACAGCCUCACCAGCUGGUGCAGCAGCACAAACAGCAGCAGCACUUUGUGAUACAGCAGCAGACUCAGGUGUCCCAGCGGCCGUCGGCCCAGCUGCUGCAGACCGCAUCCGUCCAGCCCCACCUCCAGGCCCAGGCAGUUCAGCCUGUCCCCGUCCCGGUGCUGCCCAGGCCCCCAGCGCCGCGCCAGCAGGCCACCAUAUUUCACUCCACCGUCAGCCCCCAGGCUCUGGGACACCCACCAGCCCCACCCAGCCAGCCCAAAGCCACCCCCGUGCAGCUGACGGCGAUCAACCUCCAGAUCCAGCCUGCGCCUGGCCCAGGUGCACAGCUUACCCAGGAUACUAGCAAGGAAAAGCCAACCUCGCUGGUUGUCAGGGAGACAAACCCCACGCCUGUGUCCGUUCAGCCCACCACCACCCCCACCCAAGAGGCGCCUGGCACAGAUCAGUCCAGGUCCAACUCCACCGGGUCCUCCGCCCCAGCUGAAGGUGCUGCCGAGGGGGCCGGCGCCAAGCCAGAAGCGUGUCCCCCGCCAGCCAUGACCUCGGGGAACGAGGAGGACGCCCCCAGCGUGGCCGGCAGCGUUCCUCAGAACGGCGAGAACAAACCCCCCCAAGCCAUCGUGAAGCCGCAGGUCCUCACGCACGUCAUCGAGGGCUUCGUCAUCCAGGAGGGAGCCGAGCCCUUCCCUGUGGAGCGUGCCUCACAUUUGGCGGACAACCUGAAGAAACCCAGCCAGCCGCUCUCCUUGGAUUCGGAAAAGACCCACCAGGGCAACCCCCCCGCCGCCACCGACUCCGAGAUGGAGGAUCUGACCCAGCAAGAGCUCGGGGAUCAGGAAGACGCGAAUGAACCACGCCUGCAGUGUGAGCUCUGCGGCUGGGUCGACCUGGCGCACAAGUUCAAGGGCUCCAAGCGCUUCUGCUCGGUGGUGUGUGCAAAGAGGUACAACGUUGGCUGUACGAAGCGCAUGGGUCUCUUCAACCCAGAUCGGAGCAAAACGACGAACCGCUGGCGGCGGAAAUCACGCAGCAGCAGCCGCCAAAGCAUAGAGGCCAAAAAGCAGAGGCUCAGCACCCCCCCGCAGCAACUAGGUGGCUCCGUCCCCUCCGCCUUGCCCCCCCCACCCAGCCAGGGCGAGUCCAGCCCAUGCUCGGAGGUAUCCAGCUACGAGGGCCCCCCCUCACCCUUGUCUGCGGCCAGUUCAGGUGCCCAGGGUGCCCCGGGUGAGCGGGCCUCGGAUCCUGAGGGUGGAGUCAGGGAGCUGCCCCUCCUCACGCAGCACUUCCUGCCCAGUGACCCCACCCAGUGGAAUGUGGAGGAAGUGUACGAGUUCAUUCGCUCCUUGCCAGGCUGUCAGGAGAUUGCAGAUGAGUUCCGCUCGCAGGAGAUCGACGGGCAGGCCCUGCUCCUGCUGAAGGAGGACCACCUAAUGAGCACCAUGAACAUCAAACUGGGCCCCGCACUGAAGAUCUACGCUCGGAUCAGCAUGCUGAAGGACUCAUAGCUCUCAAUGUCACCCCCCCCCCCCCCCCAGGCUCCGCCAACACAGAGCCUUGACUAGUUCUGCACUACGACCUCACAUCUGUGGGUGUCUCCCCUACCCCCUCCAUAUACAGGUGCUACAUCUGUUCUCUUGUACCCUGCAGACUGAGUGGUGCACCUCCCCAGGCGCUGGCCCUCCUGGAGGUAACGCUGAAAUGACUGUAACUGACCAUUAGGGGGCGCUCUCUCUCCAUCACCUUAUUGGAUGAACAACACCACCAUGAAGAAGAUUUGACCUGAAAUAGAUCAGACUAAUUUAUUUUUGUUGGGAUACACUUGUGCGAUUUUGAAUUACAUCCAGACAUUUAAAAUAAAUAUAUACAAUUGUAAUAUAUUUAGGUUUUAAGAUACUGUCUAUGUUUGAUUUAUAUUUGUUUUUGUUGCUGGAACAGGCAUGUAUAAAGUGGUGCUAGUUCAGUGUCUGGGUUUUAAAAUGGUGGUUAUCUGGGGCAGUACAUCCCUGUGGUGCUUUGGACCAAGUUCAGCCUUGGUUUGUAGUCACAAUGGCUCGCCUUAAACACAACAGCGCCUCCCUCAGUCUACGGAGGGAGCCUACAGUGUACGCAUUUAGUUUUUUGGGGUUUUUUUUUGCGACCCCCCCAUCUGCCCCCAUUGACAAAGCUUGAGGAAAUGUCAGCAAAGAAUAUCUGUGGGAAAUGCAAGAGGAAAAAAAAUAUCCAUGUGUGCAUGUCCAAUUUGUUUCCAUAUUUUCCUUCGUCUGAUGAAAAUAUGAAUGUGGUAGUUAUGGCCACAGCAUGUUGAGAAAGGCCAGACUGUGACUGAAAAGGGUGUGACAGUGGCUCUCAAUGCAGGAACCCCCCCCAAAGUAAUUCUUCCAAAGACGCACAAUUCGACUCCUCCUCCCCGCCCCCCAGUACUAUGGCACUUAGAAAGUCGAUCCUAUAUCCCAAACACCACCCUGCUGACCGGAUCCUGUUUUUUUUUUUUUUUGAGGCGUGUUACUGUGCUGAUGUUCUCUUCUAGCAAUUCACUGUUUGGUGGAAAUCUGUCAGAGCUAAAACAGCGUCUUAUCCUAAUCUUCCCAUUUUUUUAUUUUUUAUUUUUUUGGAGUUAACUAUGUAUGUCGGAUUGUUAUUUAUGCGCAUUCAAUCCAAGCACUCACGCUCGACUCUGUUCCGAAACGCGCACUAUUGGUUACAUUGUGUGUUACUGUGAAGAAACUGUGUGUGUGUGUCUGUCGUUAAAUUUGUUAGUCUCAUGGAGAAUGGUUCUGUCAGAAUAAUGCUUUGUCAAAAUGGUCAUAUUUAUCGAGAAAAUGGGUUUGUACAUUUUUUUUUUAUUCUUAAAUACAUUUUUUAAAAUGUA